AUGCCAGGCAUUCAAGAGGAGGCGACAGGCGAAACAAAGACCUAUCCCCAGCUCGAAAGUAUUAAGACCAAGUGGGGGUUCGGAGUCAAAGAUGGUCGGCCACCUACGCCAAAUGCUACCCCUCACCCCGAUGAUAUUGAAACUAUCACCGCUGAGGAAUGUUUGGAAAAUUUCAAUAAGUUCAUUGCCCAUGAGAAGCCUGGUCUCAGGAGCUUCUAUGAUAAGGAAAAAUUAGAGAAACUCUCUGUUAACGCCACAGACAUGGUAAAUAAGCUCCGCGAAAAGAAAUGCGGGAAAGAGACGUCAAAGCAGCUUUCCAUACUAUGUCUUUACGACCUGGUAAUGCUCAUUGAUGACUCCUCAUCCAUGAACGAUGAAGAAGGGGGAAAGCGCAUAGAGACACUCUCAAAGACAAUGAAAAAGAUCACUAUGGUGUAUGACCUGGCACGACCUGCGCCUAAUCAAGGAUUGGUAUCUGUCAAGUUCAUCAAUUGCAUGAAGGGAUACAAGAAUAUCGAUAACCGGCGGGUUUCACCUGUACUGAAGAAGCAUGCUUUCUGGGGAACAACGCAGAUCGGCUCAGCCUUGCAGAAAAAGGUGCUUGAUAACUUUGUCUUUAAUCCGAACGCACCGAUGGAGAAGCCGCUCUUAAUUAUGACUGUUACCGAUGGAGGGCCGGAAGGGGAAUCAAAGAAUCAUCUUCGCAAUGUCAUCGACCAAUGUGUAGAGAAGUUAGAGGCACACGGGGGUGCAGGAAAAGACGCCGUUGCCUUCCACUUUUCACGCGUUGGGAACGAUAAGGGCGCCGCAGAUCUUCUCGCUGAGCUCGACGAGUCUUGUGAUUCUGUGGACUGUUUGCGAGCCGAGUAUGCAUUAGAGAGACUUAGCGAUAAGGAAUCGCAGUGGGAUGUGUUACCGAAGCUCCUAUUGGGCGCAAUUGUUAGCACCAUCAACCAAAACGACGAUGAAGAGUCGGGUAAGGCAGUAAAACCACCGCCAGUACAUGCUGAAAUUGUGGAAGAUGAGACUAUAGAGCUGGAUGACGGUGAUAUUAGCGAUGAUGACUGA